AGUUAACAAGUUCAGAUCGAAUAGUGCGGAAUGAUUUUAAAAUAUUGAAAAAAAAAAAAAAAUAAAUAAAAUAAAAUGAUCCUAAAUAAUUUACAGUAUUUGUGUGGAUAAAAUUUUUCGCCUGAAAAUGGUCCUAUCUUACAUGAUUUUUCAUAAAUUAACAUUAGCUUUAAGCCAACAGAUUUGAAAUUGGUUUAAGAAAAAAGAGAAAUCGAAAGUGAAACUGACUCAUUUUUCUAAAAAAAUUAAAUCUCAUUAAAUUAAGAUUCUAAGAACAUUUAAUUAAAUUAAUUAAAUUGCUUUGAAGUUUUCAGUGAUAGUGUCGUGAAAAAAAAAUCUCAACAAAAAUGGCGAAGUGGUUGGAUUUUUUUUGCCUUUUAGCUUGGAUUUUAGCAGCUGUUAAUGGACAACAAUACAAUUUAGCUAAAUUCCCUAAUCGUAUUCUGAAAGAAGGAGAAAGUUGUCAAAUAAAAACAGGCGGCCCAGGAGUUUGUACAUUACUAACAUCGUGCGAAGUUUACCUUGAAGCAUUGAAAACCGAAUCCAUCGAAUAUAGUUCCAUAGUUCGUUGCUCUUUUAAGGGUCAAGAUGAAGUUAUUUGUUGUCCACUUAAAACAACAGAAGAAUUAUUUCCAGGAACUUUCAAAGGAGUAGAAGAAGUUAGUGAGGGACCUACUGAGGAACUUAUUGAGACAUCAUUAAUGGCAGGUGGUAAUAAUUAUAUUCAAAAUAUUUCAGGACAAAGUUUAAAGGUAGGAGCUAGUUGUAAUGCAAAAACUGGCGAACCAGGAGUUUGUAAAUUACUAUCAGCAUGUGAAGUUUAUUUGGAAGGACUGCAAAAAGAAAUAAUCGAAUACAGUUCUAUUAAUAUUUGCUCAUUUAUGGGUCAAGAUGAAGUCAUUUGCUGUCCAAAUAAUAACUUACCCGCAAAUCAUAAAACGCUAGGACAUAUUCCAACAGAACCUCCGAGAAUGCCACGACCACCUUUUACUGGCACAAUACCAAGACAAAACAACACUAAAGUGGAGAGACCAUUUCAAAAAAUUCUAAAGGUUGGAUCGAUUUGCCAAACAAAAAUCGGUGAACCAGGAGUUUGUAAAUUACUCAUAGCGUGUGGCGUUUAUUAUGAAGGAUUAAAAAAGCAAACUAUCGAAUACAGUUCUAUAGCAAUAUGCACAUUUAUAGUUCAAGAUGAAGUUAUUUGCUGUCCAAAUAAUAGCUUACCUACAAAUCAUAACACGCUAGGACAUAUUCCAAAAGAAACUCCGAUAAGGCCAAUACCACCGUUUGCUGGGACAAUACCAAGCCAAAACAACAAUGGAUUUGGAAAACCAAAAAGAAUUCUGAAGUCAGGAUCGAUUUGUCAAACAAAAACCGGUGAACCAGGAGUUUGUAAAUUACUAUCAGCAUGUGGAGUUUAUUCGGAAGGAUUAAAAAGGCAAACUAUCGCAUACAGUUCUAUAGCAAUAUGCAUAUAUAAUAAUUGGCAAAAUGAAGUUGUUUGCUGUCCUUAUUAUGAAACACCUUCAUAUCCUCAAUCAACAACAGAAUUCAUAGCUUCAGGACCUAUCAAUGUGCCAGAAACAGUUACUGAGGGACCUAUUGAGCAACCAGCACUGCUAGAAAAAGUUCUGACGGCAGGAUCGAUUUGUAAAACAAAAACUGGCGAACCUGGAAUUUGUAAAUUACUAUCAGCAUGUGGAGUUUAUUUGGAAGGACUGCAAAAAGAAAUAAUUGAAUACAGUUCUAUUAAUAUUUGCUCAUUUAUUGGUAAAGAUGAAGUUGUUUGCUGUCCAAAUAAUUACAAUCCCAGAAAUCAUCCCAAAACAUCAGGAUAUAUUCCAACACAACCUUUCAAUGCGCCAGAAACAGUUACUGAGGGACCUAUUGAGCAACCAGCAGUGCUAGAAAAAGUUCUGACGGCAGGAUCGAUUUGUAAAACAAAAACUGGCGAACCUGGAAUUUGUAAAUUACUAUCAGCAUGUGGAGUUUAUUUGGAAGGACUGCAAAAAGAAAUAAUUGAAUACAGUUCUAUUAAUAUUUGCUCAUUUAUUGGUAAAGAUGAAGUUGUUUGCUGUCCAAAUAAUUACAAUCCCAGAAAUCAUCCCAAAACAUCAGGAUAUAUUCCAACACAACCUUUCAUUGCGCCAGAAACAGUUACUGAGGGACCUAUUGAGCAACCAGCAGUGCUAGAAAAAGUUCUGACGGCAGGAUCGAUUUGUAAAACAAAAACUGGCGAACCUGGAAUUUGUCAGUUACUAUCAGCAUGUGGAGUUUAUUUGGAAGGACUGCAAAAAGAAAUAAUCGAAUACAGUUCUAUUAAUAUUUGCUCAUUUAUUGGUAAAGAUGAAGUUGUUUGCUGUCCAAAUAAUCAUCACAGGCCAGGACAUAUUCCAACAGCACCUUCAAGAAUGCCACGACCACCGUUAACUGAAAUUGGAAGACCAGAAAAAAAUUUAAAGUCAGGAUCGAUCUGUAAAACAAAAACCGGCGAACCAGGAAUUUGUAAAUUACUAUCAGCAUGUGGAGUUUAUUUGGAAGGACUGCAAAAAGAAACAAUCGAAUACAGUUCUAUUUUUACUUGCUCAUUUAUGGAUAAAGAUGAAGUUAUUUGCUAUCCAAAUAAUGACGCAAUAGGACAUAUUUCAACACAAACUCCCAAAACCAAAGUGCGAUUUGGGACACUCCCGUCUAGCCAAAACAGCUCUGAAGUUAAUAGACCAGCAGUCACAGGUUUUAGCAAAAACAUCAAACGUCUUGAUAUUUUUAAUAUUUGGCUCAAGGUGAAGGAACGUAGCAAUGCUGCUAAACACCAUCAUGUAUGGAGAAUUUUCAAAAACACUUACCAAAUUAAAAGUGAUCAAGUAAGGAAUAGGAUAGUAAAGCUCUGUAAUGCCAUCCGUAGAAAAUGGAAUAAAUCUUCACGAAAUGAAAGCAUAUUUUUAUCUAAAAAUAAUCAUUGGCUUAAUACUGUUGAAGUCUUCACCUCUGUACAUGGGCCAAAUAAUCAAGUUAGAUCAAAGAAAACAGUAAAAAAGCUGCUAGAUUCAUAUGAUGCUGAGAAAAUUAUUGCUAUGGCAGGAUUGUCAAAAGAACAAUACCAAAUUAUCAACAAUAUAGUAAACCAAAUUACUGAAGUCGAGCUAUUUCCAAGCUAUGACACGGUCCAAAGAGAAAAGAGUAAUAGAAAUACAAAUAUCCGCUGAAAUAUUGAAUUUGUUUAAUUCAUCAGACGAAGUUAUCCUUUCAGAACUCUUUGAUCAUACUGUCCUGAGAAGAUGAAAGGCUGUAAUACAUAAUAUAAAAUAUUUAACCUAUAUCGAUUGUGUUAUUUUUUU